AUGCUGGACAUUUCAAUGGAAGAGCUUCGUGCUGCAGUUUUUGACAUGAAUCCAAAUAAAAGUCUCGGUGUGGAUGGAUUCCCAGUUUUAUUCUUUCAAAAAGCUUGGCAGUUGGUUAAAUAUAACCUUCUAUCUCUUGUCCAAGCUGCUCUUCGUGAUGGAGAGAUUAAUCCUGCACUCAAUCGAACCUUAGUGGUGCUUAUUCCCAAGAUUUCUGGUCCGGAAAGAAUUUCUCAAUUUCGCUCAAUCAGUCUCUGCACGGUUCCCCUUAAAAUUAUUACUAAGCUGUUAGUUGAUCGUCUCCGCCCUUUAUUGGACAAUUUGGUGAGCAGGUCCCAAUCUAGCUUUGUUCCUGGGCGUCACACAACUGACAAUAUAAUUGUGGUGCAGGAAGCAAUUCACACGAUGCGCACAAUGAAAAGAAAAGGUGGUGCAAUUGCCAUUAAGGUGGAUCUUGAGAAAGCCUACGACCGCAUCAAAUGGAGUUUUCUUCAACAGGUUCUUGAGGAAAUACAAUUACCACCUCCAUGGGUGAAACUUAUUAUGCAUAUUGUGUCUUCCAAUACUUUUUCUCUCCUUUGGAAUGGGCAGCAACUACCUUUUUUCUCUUCUUCAAGAGGUAUCCGUCAAGGCGAUCCUCUUUCGCCAUAUCUCUUCAUCUUGUGUCUUGAAAAGCUAGGGCAUCUCAUUGAUGAGGAGGUUCGGCUCAACCGAUGGAAAUCCUUACAAAUCACCCAAAGGGGUCCUUCACUUUCUCAUGUUUGCUUCGCAGACGAUCUUGUCUUGUUCGGAGAGGCAUCUUUCACUCAAUUAGAUCUCAUGAUGAAAGUACUUAAUGACUUUUGUGAAGCUUCAGGAGAAAAGGUUAGUCUCGCCAAGUCUAAAUUGUUGGUCUCCUCUGAUAUCUCUCAUCCUAUUGCUAUGGCUUUGAGCAAUCACUGUGGAAUUGCCCUCACUGAAGAUUUUGGAAAGUAUUUAGGGGUAACCGUAGUCUCUAUGGAGUUUCUUGGGAUAAAAUUUGUCUUCCCAAAGAGCGAGGUGGUUUAA